UAAAACAGAGAGAUAUAUUCUCCAUAGCUAUCAUGGUUUUUGGUGUUUUCUUUUGAAUUUCAAAUGCCAGAUUUCUCUCUCUCUCUCUUUUCUCUCUGUAACAACACUACCAAAACUUUCAGUGUAGACUAUUACUCCUCCUUCAUUCCUUUUCUUUCUUUUUUUUUUUUUUUACUUAAUUUUUUUGUUUUUGUUUUUGUUUUUUUUUUGUUCCUUUCUUGUUGUGUUCUCUUUUAGAUUCAAGCUUAAUUGCAAACUCAGCUACCUACUUAUUUGUUCCUUUGCGAAUCAAUUCACUGCCCGAAAAAAGAAAACACAGGUUUCUUUUCUUUUUUUUUUUGGGCACCUGAGAAUGCAAAUGUUGCCUGGUGAUCCCUUUUCAAUGCCUUCCUCAACAGGAGGGUUUGUGCAUCAAGAACAAAACCCAAACCCUAAUCCUAAACCUAAUCCUAAUCCAGCUGCCAAGAAGAAGAGAAAUCUACCUGGAACACCGGAUCCAGAUGCUGAGGUUAUUGCUCUCUCUCCCAAAACCCUAAUGGCUACAAACAGAUUCAUAUGCGAAAUAUGCAAUAAAGGCUUCCAAAGAGACCAAAACCUGCAACUUCACCGAAGAGGUCAUAAUCUUCCAUGGAAGCUGAGGCAAAGAAGCAACAAGGAGGUAAAAAAGAAGGUGUAUAUCUGCCCGGAAAAGACCUGUGUUCACCACGAUCCGUCCAGAGCUCUCGGAGACCUCACCGGAAUCAAGAAGCACUUCAGCAGAAAGCACGGAGAGAAGAAGUGGAAGUGUGAGAAAUGCUCAAAGAAGUACGCAGUUCAAUCAGACUGGAAAGCUCACUCCAAGACUUGUGGGACUAGAGAGUAUAAAUGCGACUGUGGUACACUGUUUUCCAGGAAAGACAGCUUUAUCACGCACAGAGCUUUUUGUGAUGCUUUGGCGGAAGAGAGUGCUAGGAUCACUUCGGUUGCGACCACUGAUCUAAAUUUUAGAAACGAUAGUACUGUGAAUCUGCCUCAUGGAUUUACUAGCCGAGGAGUUCAAGAUCACGUUGCUGCAAUUUCUCAGUUUGGCUCUGGUCUAACCCAAGAUUUCAAUGGAAUCCCAACUUCAGGUUUCCCCGAAAUGGUGCAGAUGACUUCAGCUAAUCUCUAUGGUUCGUCAUCUAUGUCUAAUUUUGGUCAUCAUCAGUUUCAAGGGUUUGACAAGAGUACUUCUGCGAUUCCCACUAGUGCAAGUCUCACUUUAUCUCCAUUGCCACAAGGAGUUCUAAAAGAGGAAACCAAGGGAAAUUUAGUGGAGAGCUUCUCUCCACCUCUCUACUCUGAAACUCAAAGCAAACAAUCAAAGCCGGCAGCACCCAUGUCGGCCACUGCACUUUUGCAGAAAGCAGCUCAAAUGGGGUCAACGAGGAGCAACCAAUCAUUCUUUGGAAAUACCUUUGGUGUAAUGACCUCCUCUUCUUCUCAAACAGCUAGCUUUAGUUCCACACACAACAGAAACAGAAGUACCCAUGAUCAGGUUUAUAAUCAAAACGUGAAGCAACAUGGGAAUAAUUUUGUAGUUAUGAGUUCUGAUCAUGGAGUUUUGGGUAGUUCCAUACCUAACGCUGCAACAACAAACAACAACAACAAUAAUAAUCUUGAGCAGAUGAUGAUGCAAACAGGAGCUCCAAAACAAAAUGAAGCAACUCACUUGAAGCUGCAUCCUGGUUCAACUUCCAUUGAUCAACAUAGUUUAACCAGAGACUUUCUAGGCGUGAGUGGAGAUCAAUCUGGUCGUCCAUUUUUGGCACAAGAGUUGGCAAAGUUUGCUUCAUUGGGAUCAACUAUGGGUUUAAGCCAAUUCACAAGCAACAACUAAUAAAGUUGUCACAGGAGUUAUUGCAUGCAAUGAUGAAGAGAUGAGUAAGAAAAUGUUUGUUGAAGAGACAGAAAUUAUUAUGAAAUAAGUAUAAAGUGUUUUAGAAA